GGGAUCGCGCGCUAGCUCUCCCCCUUGCACGCACACAGACACAAACACACACACACAUAUAUAUAUACGCGCGCGCGCACACACACACAAACACACUCCCCGGAGAAAGGGUGUACAGUCCAAAGGCCUUUUGCUUCUUAACUGCAGCCGCCGCAACAGGCGCUGCCUGGGCAUUGCCAGCGGGCACCCCUUUGGCUGCAAGCCGCCGCUCGCCGUUGCUCCUGCCACCACCGCCCGCCGUUCUUCCCGGAGCCGGCUCUCUUUCCUCCCCUCCGGCGGAGCGCUUCUCGGCGUCAGGCUUCCGCAAGAAACAUAUUACAAAAUGAAUGAUCUUGCUAUCAAAAGAAUAACAAAUGAAAUUAUCAAAUCACCUGAAGAUAAACGAGAAUAUCGUGGAUUAGAACUGGCAAAUGGCAUCAAAGCAGUGCUUAUCAGUGAUCCCACUACUGACAAAUCUUCAGCUACACUUGAUGUGCAUAUAGGAUCGUUAUCUGAUCCCGUUAAUAUUCCUGGAUUAAGCCAUUUUUGUGAACAUAUGUUAUUUUUGGGAACUAAAAAAUUUCCAAAAGAAAAUGAGUACAGCCAAUUUCUCAGUGAACAUGGAGGGAGUUCAAAUGCUUUUACCAGUGGAGAACACACCAACUACUAUUUUGAUGUCUCACAUGAACACUUAGAAGGUGCUCUUGAUAGAUUUGCCCAAUUUUUCUUGGGCCCUCUUUUUGACGAAAGCUGCAAAGAUAGAGAAGUAAAUGCUGUUGAUUCUGAACAUGAGAAGAAUUUAAUGAAUGAUUCAUGGAGACUAUUUCAGCUAGAAAAGGCUACUGGAAAUCCUAAUCAUCCAUUUAGCAAAUUUGGGACAGGGAACAAGUACACUUUGGAAACUAGACCAAACCAAGACGGAAUAGAUGUAAGGCAAGAGCUUUUGAAGUUUCACUCCACUUACUAUUCAUCAAAUUUAAUGGCUGUUUGUGUUUUAGGACGGGAAACUUUAGACGAGCUAACCAAACUGGUGGUGAAGUUAUUUUCUGAAGUGAAGAAUAAAAAUGUUCCAAUACCGGAAUUCCCUGAGCAUCCCUUCCAGGAAGAACAUCUCCGACAACUUUACAAGGUGGUACCUAUUAAAGAUUUUAGAAAUCUUUAUGUCACGUUUCCAAUACCAGAUCUUCAGAAGUACUACAAAUCAAACCCUGGCCACUAUCUUGGUCACCUUAUUGGGCAUGAAGGUCCAGGAAGUCUUUUAUCAGAACUGAAAGCUAAAGGCUGGGUAAGCACACUGGUUGGUGGUCAGAAAGAAGGUGCUCGAGGCUUCAUGUUUUUUAUCAUUAAUGUUGAUCUUACUGAAGAAGGACUAUUACAUGUAGAAGAUAUUAUUUUGCAUAUGUUUCAAUAUAUUCAAAAGUUACGCACAGAAGGACCUCAAGAGUGGGUUUUUCAAGAAUGUAAGGAUCUAAAUGCUGUAGCAUUCAGAUUUAAAGAUAAAGAAAGACCCCGAGGUUAUACAUCAAAACUUGCAGGGAUGCUUCAUUACUAUCCUAUUGAAGAAGUUCUUGCUGCUGAAUAUUUACUUGAAGAAUUUAGGCCAGAUUUAAUAGAAAUGGUACUGAACAAACUGAAACCUGAAAAUGUCCGGGUUGCAAUUGUCUCUAAGACAUUUGAAGGAAAAACUGAUAAAAAAGAACGGUGGUAUGGAACCCAGUACAAGCAAGAAAAGAUUUCUGAUGAAGUCAUUAAGAAAUGGCAAAAUGCUGACCUUAAUGGGAAAUUCAAGCUUCCGAUGAAAAAUGAAUUUAUUCCUACUAACUUUGAAAUUGUCUCUUUGGAGAAAGAUGCACCACAGUACCCAACUCUAAUUAAGGAUACUGCUAUGUGCAAACUAUGGUUCAAGCAGGAUGACAAAUUUUUCCUUCCUAAAGCUUGUCUCAACUUCGAAUUUUUCAGCCCAUUUGCUUACGUGGAUCCCUUACAUUGUAACAUGGCCUAUUUGUACCUUGAACUACUCAAAGACUCCCUCAACGAGUAUGCAUAUGCAGCAGAACUAGCUGACUUGAACUAUGAGCUCCAAAAUACCAUCUAUGGGAUGUAUCUUUCUGUAAAAGGUUAUAAUGACAAGCAACAUAUUCUGCUGAAGAAGAUCAUUGAGAAAAUGGCUACCUUCGAGGUUGAUGAAAAGCGAUUUGAAAUUAUCAAGGAGGCGUAUAUGCGAUCACUUAACAACUUUCGAGCUGAACAGCCACAUGAGCAUGCAAUGUAUUAUCUUCGGCUCUUAAUGACAGAAGUUGCAUGGACCAAAAAUGAAUUAAAAGAAGCUUUAGAUGAUGUCACUCUUCCUCGCCUCAAGGCCUUUAUUUCACAACUGUUGUCACGGUUACAUAUUGAAGCACUUCUCCAUGGCAAUAUAACAAAACAGGCUGCAUUAGGAGUUAUGCAAAUGGUUGAAGACACACUCAUUGAGCAUGCUCAUACAAAACCUCUGCUUCCCAGCCAGCUAGUAAGAUAUAGAGAAGUACAGCUGCCUGAUAGAGGAUGGUUCGUCUAUCAACAGAGGAAUGAAGUUCAUAAUAAUUGUGGGAUAGAAAUAUAUUAUCAAACAGAUAUGCAAAGCACUUCGGAGAAUAUGUUUUUGGAGCUCUUCUGUCAAAUUGUCUCAGAGCCUUGCUUUAAUACUCUGCGCACUAAAGAACAAUUAGGUUACAUUGUGUUCAGUGGUCCACGGAGGGCUAAUGGUGUUCAAGGUCUACGGUUCAUCAUCCAAUCAGAAAAGCCCCCACACUACUUAGAAAGCAGGGUGGAAGCCUUUUUAAAAACCAUGGAGAAAUCUAUAGAAGAUAUGUCCGAAGAAGCUUUCCAGAAACAUAUCCAGGCUUUAGCAAUUCGCCGCCUUGACAAACCAAAGAAACUAUCUGCCGAGUGUGCAAAAUAUUGGGAUGAAAUCAUUUCCCAGCAAUAUAACUUUGAUAGAGAUAACAUUGAAGUGGCAUAUCUCAAAACCCUUACUAAGGAUAAUAUAGUGCAGUUUUAUAAGGAAAUGUUGGCAGUAGAUGCCCAAAGAAGGCACAAAAUAUCGGUCCAUGUACUAGCAAGGGAAAUGAAUUCCUGUCCUGUUGUAGGAGAGUUUCCAAGCCAAAAUGAUAUAAGUCUAACACCAGCACCACCACUGCCACAGCCGAUUGUGAUUGAAAACAUGACUGAGUUCAAACGCAGCCUACCACUUUUCCCUCUGGUGAAACCUCAUAUCAAUUUCAUGGCCGCAAAACUGUGAAGAAUCUUGCUGGAUGAAGAACUGGAAGAGGAUUAAUAUGCCUUCAGUGGCUUUUCAUAAUGGACAAAGACCUUAUCCUUUAGGACAAGUGAUCCAGGAUUCCUGAUUCCUUCUAGGUUCAUCCAGCAUCAAUGCUGCAAUAGGGAUACUGCAAGUUAAGCAAGUACGCUCUAGUCAUGUGUUAUAUGUUUGUCAUAGAGCCACUACCUGAGACUAACAUUAAGUGGUAUAUAUGAAGAUCUAUGUAGGUAAAUGGUAUAUUUUACAAUAAUGUGACCCUUUAAAAGUUUAGUUUGCAUGGAUUGUGAAGAAGUUUCCAUACCAGUCUGAUCUUCACUUGCAAAUCAUUGCUUUUUUUUUAAAGAUCAACUGUUUUGGAAGCAUAUUUUACUGGACAAGAAAGAAAAUAUUAUUAAAAGGCCAUAUUGAUGUUUUUAAGGGAAGCAUGGAGUGAUACCAUUUUUUUAAAAAAAAUAGAUUCUUGGAAGCAGCCAUUUAGAUUCUAUGUAAAAAUCAGUGGAAAGGGGGAGGAAAAAAAUUAACAAAUAUCUUUGAAGAGUUAUUAGAAAAGUCAAAAUAGUUUUAAUCUUUAUAUCUGUUUCAGAAGAUUUUAUAUACAGACUAGUAAAAUGCUGGAAACACUUGGGUAGCCAUGUUUUUCUUGCCAAGAGUCUUAGUUUAUGUUUAUAAACUUUACAUUUUCUUAGGGUUGCACUGAUAAUGUUUCUUUCACUUAUAAAUAAAAUUAUUAUGGCAAUUUUUUUUUCUUUCAGUUGUCAUGUACUGUUUUAGGACAAAUCUAAUGAAACUUGGGUGUAUUGUAUCUUCUUAAAAGGCCAUCAAUAAUUCUUGGUAGUUAUUUAAAUUGUAGGCAAACACUCCUCCUUUAUCAGAAAUUUAAUAUUUGCCUAGAUCCCCUGCACACUGUGUGAACAUCAACUGUGGUCACCUAGCACGAUCAGCCUUACACACACACACUCAGUCUGCACCUUUCUCCAUUAAGACUUGUGCAAUUUCUCAUGCCACACGGAGCUCUUUCUAGGAAUAGAAAGUGGGAACUAAUACGCAAUUACAGAGUUCAUGCACAUCAGCAGUAAUUAUCAGUCUAAUGAUGCAGACGUUGAAUUUCCCCCCAAUCAUUUGUCUGCUCAAAAGAUCUCAGUAUUUUAAAUGCAGCCUGCAUCAUCUUUAUGUGGCACUUCAGGCAUCUUUGGCUUACCACCUGCUGCUUAGUGACUGUUUAAAGUUACAGCUGUCCCGAGAAAGAGAAUUUACAACCCAAAUUUGAAGUUCUUACAGUCAGAACCCCUUCGCAGUCAUGUGACUGAACUGCAGGUGUUGAGCAACAUGCUGCAUUUGCAGAAUCCCAUGGUCAUGUUGCUGUGUUUUACAAUAGUUUGUUGUAAGACUGCCCAUGAUUUGCUUAAUGACCACAGCCUGCUCUUAACUACUGCCAUAAAAGGGUAAAAUUGAGCCUGUGGCCUGUUUACAACUGUCACAACAAACAACCAUAAUAGGCAGACUCCAUUACGGUCGUUUGUGAGAGACUACUUGAUUCAGAGUAGCAACCAUUUGCCAAUUGAUUCUGAGGAAGGAAGGAGAGAAAAUUGUGCAAAAUAAACCAGAAACAAGUAUAAAUGGAGUUAAUAUUUUAAUUGUCAAACUAAAAAAAUAUUAAUCAAGCUUUUGAAUGGUUAUGCCACCAAAAAGCACAUGGAGAAAGACCAGUUGCUAAUUUGAGGCUGGGGCUGGAGAGUGAAAUCGCAUUAUGUUAUUGCAGUUCGUGCUAAGUUUCCAAGUUCAUUCCCCUGAUUUUAGUAUUAAGUGGUUAGACAUGAGGAUCUUACACUCAAAUAUUAAAGGCUUUAAAAGAUGAGACUAGAACGUGUGUAUUAUUAGGGUUACACCACUUAUAUGCUUUUGUUAUGAUUAAUUCCACUGAUGCCUUGUUUAUUGUAAAAUGUAUGUUACAUCUUCUGGAAGAUACAAUAUAUAGAGCAGUUUACACUAAUGUAGAAAAAUGACUAAAGAGAGAACAUAGAAGUAAGCGAAGUGCUAUAUAAUUAUUAUAUUUCAUCUUGAUGGGUUAAUUUGAAAAUUACAGCAUAUUGUUACAUCAUAUACUUGAAUGCCUCGGAGGUUCAUCAUUUUGUUCCUCAAGAAGAUGUACAUUUCAACUAGUAGACGAGAUAGGAGCAUUUUAACCGUAAGCUUCAAAGAUUCUUCUUUAUUGGUACAAGAUAGGAGCAUUGUCACUUAACAUCGAAACAAACUGUAAACUGAUCUGAUGGCAUCUGUCAGAUGCUCCCUUCCCACUGUAACAAAUGGCAGUUUGUUGAAGCUACAUAGAGGGUUUUUCAGUGCUCUGAAGUCUAUUAGCAAGAGGUCAUUUGGAAUGUGAAUGCGAACACAGUUCUGUUUGCUACUUAUUAGAACAAGGAUAUCUACACAGCUAUAGCCUUCAAGAUGCAUGUCAUCUUGUGGAACCCUCAUUAAAUUUGUAGAAUAGUUCCAGUUAUCCAAUAAAUAAUGCUUAAUAUAAUUGUAUCAAAUUAUUUUUAUUCACAAACCAUGAAAAACAUGCAACAAUAUUUAUCGCAAAAUCCAUAUAAAGAUUUCUCUUUUUAUAUAGUUUUCUUCCCAAUUUAGUAUCUUUGGGUGUGUUUACAUUGCAGGAUUACUCUUAGGAGUCCCAGACAGUUUGGUAAUACUUAGUGAAAAUUUUGACAAUCGUAAUCCUAUCACAUCUGGAGUGUGCUAGAUGGUAGGAGGCUGUCCUAGAAUGACAGUACAAAUUUGCACAACUUUCUUGUUACUAGGGCUAGUUCUAGUCACAUUUUAAGACAAGGAUGGCCAAUUUACUGCCCUAUUUAGUUCUAUAUUGCAAUGAAAAGAGAACACCUAUAAUUGGGCCUGUUUUUGGUGAUUCUCAUCUGCUGAUUUUUUUUUUCAGAUGGGAGGAAAGAUGCUAUAAUUUGAGCUUGAAUAAUGUUCUUUGUAUCUAUUUUCAUUUAUCUUGUCCCAUUUCUUAAUAAUAAGAAAAAGCUACUUGGAAUUUGGAGAGAGAAGGCAAACCAAUUAAAUUAGAAUUAAAGUAGCAUAACUAAUUAUGCUACUUUAUAGAAAUAUGGACCUUCGUCUGCAAAAACAGACACACACAAGUAUUUGUUCAUGGAUUUAUCUAUCUGAUACAGGUAGUCUUCGACUUACAGCCAUUUGUUCAGCAACUAUUAGAAAUUACUAUGGGACUUCAAACCUGUGCCUAAACUUAAAGCUGUUGCAGCGUGCCUGCAAUCACAUGAUCAAAAUUUCGCUGCAGAGAUGGCUAAAUUGACUGCUUUGAUUAAAGAAAAAAACACAAUUAUUUUUGUUUCUAUUGGACUUUGUGCUUGAGGUAGAAAAAAAAAGAAACUUUGAUUUUGGGUUUUACGAAUUAAAUAGGUUUGUUGAUACAGAAAUGACUAGUUUACACUAAAGUAAAAAGUUGAGGUUUGAUGCUAUUAUCUUAUUCUACUGCACCAAUGUCUUUUCUUUCUUUUUUCCCUUUUCCCUACACUUUUUCCUUCCCUUCUCUCUUAUUUUCUUACUAUUUUCUUUUGUAUUUUUGUAUUAUAUAUUAUAAACUAAUUAAAAAAUUGGCUGCUUGGUAAUUUGCCCGCACUUAUGACCCCUGGGGCACUCUAACUCCCCCCAUUUAUCUACCUCCCCCAUUUAGGGCCUUUUGGCACCCUGCUGCUCUGUGCUUCACCACCUCAGCUGGCCUUCACUGCCAUCUCCUCCAGCUGCAAACGUGCCCAGCCUGGAUCCGGGGCUGUAUGGAGCUGGUUGCUUGUAGCAGAAAAGAAAAAAUAUGCACAAAGGGCAACAGUGGACCAGGGUCCCUUUGCAAAGAGCUCCCAGGUGGGGCUGAUGCUGGCUUUGCACUGCGAAAAAAGGGGUAUGGGGUGAGGCUGCUUUGGGAUUCUCCCCCCCCCUUUUUUUUUUUUAAGUUACAAAGCCAGCCACGUAUAGCCCAAGAGCAUGAUGAAAAGAAGGGGCCACUUUGUGUCCUUUCCUGCCCUUUUUGGCUGCACAAAAUUAGCUGCACCCAGUCCAGAAAUGGGGCGUUGAAGGUCAGCUGGAGUGGCAAGGCACAGAGGGCAUAAGGAGUCUUGGAAUGCAGGGUGGCGAGAGCAACUGGCACUUAAUGGGGAUGGCUGCAGCUGCCUGGAGUGUAGCAUAACAGCCUGGGAGUUGUGCAGUUCUGGGGUUGCUGGGCAAAUCAAAAAUAUUUGAUGUAGUUCAGAUAUUCACCACUCAAUAACACCCACUCAGGAAGACCAUCAGCCAACUACAUUAAGAGAUACAGCGACACCCCUCUCACACCUUUGUAAGUUCUACCAGAAGCCUUCACUCUCUGCAAGGAAGACUCUUCAGACAUCAUAUCCCAGGUCAAUAUCACAAAGAUGUUUUAGUUCCAAGUUUUAUUACGGUUCUAAGCCAGUAUUCUAGAAAACCUGCAUCCUUUUUAGACUAUGGGUGAGCCAUUUUUUCCAGGCCAAGGACCAUACUUGGUCCUCAAGCAUCAUGGCAGGAGCUACAUUUCAAACAUCAGUGAGCAGUUUUUUUAAAAAUGUGAUUAUUAUUUCACUAAAAUUAAAAACAAUAAAGGUGGGAUAAAGAUCAAAUCAGUAAAAUUAAUAUGGUGAUGACAGGGUGCAGGUGGCUAAAAUGGAAGAAAUUGGCAUGUUUGUGUGUGUGUUAGAAACAGUCUCUUACUGAGACUCAGGGCUGGAAGGAACCAAGCAUAGAAUGGCUUGGAAAGAUAAUAGUUGCCAGGAUUGUCACUUUACAACCGCAUCACUUAGUGACCAAUAUUCUGGUCCCAAUUGUUGUCAUAAGUCAAGGAUUACUUGUAAUUACCUUCACCUCUAGUCUCUAUAUCUGCUUAACAAAGUUGUCUUUGUUGUUGCCCAAUAUCCAUUACUAAAGCUAUAUCUAUUUGUCAAAUUAGUUAAAAAUGAUAUGUAUUGUAUGAGGUUUUUUUAAAGGUAGACAUUUGUAUAGAUAGUCUUCAACUUAUGACCACAAUUGGGCCCAAAAUUUUCAUUGCUAAGCAAGAUAGUUGAGUGAGUUUUGGCUCAGUUUACGACCUUUCUUGCCACAGUUGUUAAAUCAAGAACUGCCUGUACUAUAAAUUUAAAAUGGAUAUGGGAGGGAUAUUUAAGCUUGCAGAGAGGCCAAGAACUGUCAGUUACGCCUGCAAUGAAAAUAAGAUUUUAGAAUGAAGUGUAGUUCCUAUUGCACUGUAGUAAUUACUUUCAUAGUCAUACCUGUUACUCUCUUUAUACCAGAUGUUACAAGUAUGAAAAAAAGCAUAGAAAUUCAUUUAUAUCACAAGUGUAACAUGGGUUGUAUCCAAGUUAAAUAUAGGGACGAUCAUUAUUACAAUACUAACUAUCGGGGCUGAAGUUACCACAUGGACAAAACAUCUUUUUCUGAUGUAACAUUGGUAGAGUGCAUGCCAAUUUUUCAGACUGAAUCUUAUAUUUGGAAGUACUCAGUCUGGAAUCUUGGGGAGGAAUGCAUGAUCCAUAACUGCAAAGGGAAGGUCAGUGGACAUACAAAAGUUGGCUAGUUUGUCUCAGCAGCCACCAUUUCUGCUAAUCAAAGUCCCCCUUUAAAAAAUCACAUUUAAGUUUGCAGGAGGCUAUCAAUUGAAGGAUACUUGAAAGCAGCCUCUGUCACUCGAUCUAUAUUCAUUUAUUGGAUUUUUACUCAAAUUAUAGAACGGAAGAAUAUGGGCUCUUCAAAACAUUACUAAACUCUGUUUCUUUUAUCCCUCACCUUUGUCCCUGCUGAAUACAGUACGUUUCUGAGCAUUAUAGUUUAGUUAUAUCUGGAAAGCCACAUAGACUGGGUUCUAGCCAAAGGUAUGAUAAAAUAGCAAUGCGAGUUUAGGGCUACAUUAGAAGGUAAUGAACUUGGCAUGCCCUUGUAGUAGGAAUAGAUCAUACUCACUAGUAGGUAUUUUAAGUGUUCUCCAGCAUUUUAUAGUUUGCAUUUGAUAAAACAAUGCAGUUUGAUAACUCAGGCAUUCAGUGGAUUCUCUCUAGUAGAUCCAAAGCUGCAGUGUCGACAAGCAAUAACAGAUUACUUAGUUACACUGUUAAUCAGUUCUAGUGCUCAUUAACAAAAUGUAUGUAAUCAUAAAUAAUGACUAAAUAACUGUAAUUUUUGCAAGUGCUGUUUUAAAAAGUUGAUUUAGAAUCCGGGUGCAUGUUGACACAGUAUGGCGGAGUGUUUGUCAUACUCUUGAUAAUAAACAAUCUGAAUACCUUG